GAGUCGCGAUGCCUCGCAAUUUUUACGAUUUCCAGUAGUUGGUAAACAAAUUGUUGAUAAGAUAUACACAGAAGACUUUUGCAACUUGCUGGCUCAAAGCGCGAAUUGUGCAAAAUUCCUGGUCUUGGGUGGACCGCACCUGCUAACUUGAUAAGAAGAUAGAGACGCACAAAUAAAAAGACGACGGUGUCUCGCAUUCCAGUGCGGAUUAAACCCUGCCCGCCGCCGUCGCCGCCCUCUGCUUAGGUACGCGAGUGAACGUGUGUGUUUGUGUAUUUUCGGAUAGCGAAAACAAGUUAAAUUGAAGCCAGGAAAAUUAAGUUCUUUAUCUGUAGACAUAAAUAUUUUAAAAAUAAAAACAAAUAUAGGUAACACCAGUGAACUUUUGCAAAAAGUGCUGUAUACAUACAAAUCCAUGUACUUGUGCGAAAUAAAAAAGGAAAAAGAAAUAAGUGUAAACAGCAGGUGAAGAAAAGUAACAAGAAGUUGUAGCUUCCCUGGAACUCGGCACGAAAGUGACGCACUGCAGCGCAAUAAAAUUAUAAAAGAAUGAAUCACAUAUUAAUAUUUUGAAUAAGAAGAAGCGUGUGUGGGGAUCUGUACGAUUUAUGAUGCUUUAAAGUUCUUGGAAUUCUUGUUUAACAAAUGAAUGUUUUGAAUAAGGCGGCAUAAAGGCAUCAUGGAGUUGGAGCCGCGCGUAGCGAUGUUGCAGGACUUGCGCCUACAGACCUUCGACUCAAUUCGUUUUGCCUCCUAUCGCACUGCCUCGAAGCUGCGCUAUAUACAGAAGUCGACCAAUUUGCAUUUGGUUGACAUUUGGAAUGUUAUCGAGGCUUUUCGAGAGAACGGUCUCAACACGCUGGAGCCACAGAGCGAAGUGAGCGUCGCGCGACUGGAGACUCUGGUUUCAUCGCUCUACCACAAUCUGAACAAACGUCUUCCUACGGCCCAGCAGGUGCCAGUUGAUUCCAAGGCAGGCUUGCUGCUUAAUUGGCUGUUAGCCGCCUACACAAGUGAUAACUCUGGAAAAAUUCGCGUGUUUUCGAUUAAAGUAGCGCUUGCGACUAUGUGCUCUGGCAAGCUGGUCGACAAACUCAGAUACAUCUUCUCGCAGAUUUCGGAUGGAGCCGGUCAAUUGGUGGCCUGGAAAUUGAGCGAGUUCCUGCGUGAGGUACUCGCAUUGCCGCAAGCCGUCUAUGAGUCGCCCACAUUCCACUAUAAGGAGGGUCUGGAGGAGGAGAUCUUCCCGGCCGAGAACAAGGUCACAGUCAACGAUUUCAUGGCAACACUUAUGUCCGAACCUGGGCCGUCGUGUCUCGUCUGGCUACCGUUGCUGCAUCGUCUAGCGACGGUCGAGACGAUUGUGCACCCGACGAUCUGUUCUGUUUGCCACAAAGAAAACUUCACGGGAUUUCGUUAUCGUUGUCAGCGGUGUCACGCCUACCAAUUGUGCCAGGAGUGCUUUUGGCAUGGCAAGACAUCGCUGAACCACCAAAACGAUCACGAGGUCAAGGAGUACUCAAGUUACAAGUCGCCCAGCAAACAGAUUGGACACUCGUUGCGGAAAAGCUUCCGAUGCGUGCCCGAGAAAACGACGCAAGUGUUGCCACGAUUCCCGGACCAACCCGAAAAGACUCUCAAUUUAUCGCACAUCGUGCCACCAUCACCGUUGCCCUCGCACAAUGGCUUCUCCGAUCCAUCACUGCUCCACGGCCCGGGCGGCAUUGGCCCUGGUGGAAUUUUCGAUCGCUCCAGCACACUAGAUUCGCGAGCAACGGGUCGCAGUCUAGACAGUGCCACCGGCACCACAAUGUCUCGCGUUGCAGCUGCUUCGGCCAACGAUGAGGAGCACCGGCUUAUUGCUCGUUAUGCUGCACGCUUGGCGCAGGAGAACCGCGCACCCUCAAAUUUGGCCGGCGGAGAGAAUGUGGCGGCCAUUGGCACUGACAAUUCGCGAGCCCAGCGUGAACUCAUUGCACAGCUUGAGGCCAAGAAUAAGGAGAUAAUGCGCGAGAUCGCGCGUCUACGACGUCAACAGGAGACUGAACAAAUGGCGCCGGAGAAUCCAGCGCUAAUCAAUGAGCUGCGCGCUCUAAGGCAGCGCAAAGGAGAGCUUGAGGGCCAUUUGGGGGCGCUGCAGGACUCACGUCGUCAGCUCAUGGAGCAACUGGAGGGUCUGAUGCGUAUGUUGAAAAAUCAACAGACGGCCUCGCCCCGUUCCACACCAAACUCGAGUCCACGCUCGGGCAAAUCGCCACCCAUGCCGGGAGGCGGUGGUGGUGCAAACGUGCUCGGCACUUCUCCCAUGAGCGCUUUACACGCCCAGCAGUUGCAGCAGAUGUCGCAUCCCAUGCUGGGUGGCGGCGGCAGUGUGCUGCGCUCCACACAACAACAACUGCUGCAGGCUCAGCAGUCCGCGCCCCUGACCCAGCCACCCGCUAUGGGCCACUCGCCCUUCAGCCAAAGCCAGUUGGAGCAGCUCAACCAGAUCAGCAGCGAUAUGCGCAGUGCCUUUGCUACGAACGGCAGUGCAACCCCGCCGCUCAUGCGCACCGCAAUCGCAGGCGCCGACGCCGAACUGAACGAAACCGCUGAUAAUAUAACAUCGGCCAUUUCGACCAUGGUCAAUGACCUGAACGCAGGACAAUCAAGCUCCUUGCCACAGCCGCGUUUCAUAAUGCCAUUGGAGUACCGCCAUAUCGAAGGCGGCGAGUCUUCGGACUCCGAGUGCGAAGUUCACGAGGAAUUCUUUCAUGCCGACGAGGAAUUUGAAUGCAACGCAAUCGAUAAUCAGAUGCUAUCGUCGGUCUCCCCAAUCGAUUUCGACUACAAUUUCGGCCAGGGUGUGGAACAAUCUCAUGUUAAUCGCAUUCUUGGCUACCGAUACCAUCCAGAACUCUUCAUUGAUGAUGAUCAGGCCGGGUUUCCGGCACUGCAUGAAAUCGAUUUCGAUGAAACACAAUCAUACAAUCCCGAAUGGAAUGAAAAGGCAAAUGCGAAUAGCCAAUGGCAGGAACAGUUUGCGCAAUGGAGUCUUAAUUCACAAAAGAAUUAAAUGUGUCUGCCCAGGCCCGACUGAACGGAACAACUACAUAUAGUGGAUAUUGCGAGGCGGCUUACGGAUGAACUUGCUUAGCUUUUUAGCCUUAAUUUAGAUGAUUUAUUUAUUGACUUAUGCAGGAGUAGUCUACACUACCUUAACCCUUAUAACCUUUUGUUUGUUUUUUUUCAUCUGUCUUGGUGUGAAUGGAAUACUUUAUAUAUACUAUAUAGUACACAGAAAACAUGCAUAAUCAUGUAUUGUCUAAAAAAUUGGUUUACCUCAGCGAAACAAGCAGAAUGAAAUGAAUGAAUUAAAUAAAAAGACUAGCAAAUGUUCAGCUUUAGAAACCCCUUUACCUAUCUCUUGAAUCUCGUUGAAAUCGAAAGCGCUGUUUGUGCUUAUUUUGCAGUAACACUUUGAAUUUUAAUUUGUAAUAAGUACGAGUAUAUACAAAUCGCAAUCUGCUUUUAGCUUUCUAAGCAAAUAUUUAUUAUACACAAAUAACAACUGAAAUCAAAAUGAACUUAAUAAUACAAAACAAAAACACUUUCAUGCAUAUUGUACUUAGCCUAAACCAGAAACUUGUUGACGGUUUGAUAUACGAUUAAUGAAUAUUCUAAAGCUUAUUUUUGUCAAGGCAUAACCAGCCAGAGACACAUACAAGUUACAUCAAAACAAGCAAAUAAACAAAAUUUUUAUUGAUCGUUUGUUGAGAGAGUCAAAUAAUUUUAACUUCCAUUCGUACAUACAAUUUGUCUACUUAGUAUGUAUGAAAAUGUUGAAGCUGCAGAAUGAAAUUCCAGAAUGACUUAAUAUAGCGAAUACACGAAGUUCAUUAAUAGAUACAUAUACAUAUAAUGUUUGUAUAGUAUAUAAUGAGAUAGAAUGAAAGAUCUAAUAAUGUAUUUUCAACUAUGUAGCAUGAAUUAUUGGGACAACAUAAUACAUACUAUAAAUUUUAAUCCAUAACAAUGUUAAAGGUACAUAAAAUAUAAUCACAAUGCAUAAUGCACAGACACUCAAAACCAGACAUUUAUAUAGAAACUAUACAUAACCAUUAAAUAUUGAAUAUUAUGAAAAGUAAAUGAUAAUAAAAACCAAAAUUUUAAGUAUUUGCGAAAA